AAGAAAAUUAAACUUAUUUUAAACAAAUUCAUUUUGCUAACUAGCAAGGAGCAACUUGGAGAUAGUGAAGAGAAAAUAGCGUAAAAUCACAGCCUUGUUUGUUAUCUAUAUUGCAUAUCAUUUUUGUUGACAAGAAGAAUAUCAACAAGCUAAAUAAGACGAAACAAUUUCAAGUGUUAUAGCUGAUUUGACCUGAAAUAUAAAGAGGAUACAAAGCCUUGCAGUGUUCUCUUCGACAACCGCAUCUACAUAUUUGAAAAAGACAUGGUCGUGAAAGAUUCCGACUUUAUUUGCGCUGAAUCAUCAUAUUUUAACGACGCAAUGUAUUCCGUUUCAGAAAGUAUGGAUAACUCUGCCACCCAUCUGGAAAAUAUACCAUCGGCUAAUUCCAUUCACAAUCGGCACAGCCCGUCGUUGGAUGAUAAGUCACCAGGCUAUUACUCAAGCUGCUCACCAACAGCCUUUCAAAGAUCUGGUUCCCAGUCUAGUUUAUCUUUAAGUCCUCACGACUACAACGGCGACUUACGCUCACCCACAAGACAAGAAGCACCUUUUUUUACAACACAUUCAACGUUAUUUGACCCAACAUCAGUAUCAAGUUCAUGUAUGAACAGUUAUCCUACACAAUCUUUUGGUAUGUUUGCCGCACCUGGCAAUGUUCAAGCCGUUGGAAAUAACAUUCCAGUAUCUAUCAUGAACAGUAUGGAUAUAAAACCCUCCUUAGAAAUCAAAGCAAGCGUUCAAACGCAUCCAUUUUACACGCAUGAGAUAAUACCACCCAUGGCUAACCAACUACCCAGUCCGAAUUCUCACCGACCAUCGAUUGCACCAUUAGGUAUUCCAAACAUGCCCUCUUUUCCUGGAUAUAGAGCCUACCCACAAGUAAAUGACAUUUUUGGACCAGCUAAACAAGAAUUUUAUAUGCAGUCACCUUUCUACCCUGGGUAUCCAAAUUACUGGUAUCUCAGACAACCGACCAAUCAAAUUCUUACGUGUAUGUGGAUAGACCAAACACCAUUUCCUAAAUCCAAGCCAUGCAACAAACAGUUCACAAUCAUGCAAGAUAUUGUCCGACACAUCAAUGACGAGCACAUUACUCGGCUUGACAACAACGAGUAUGUCUGCCACUGGCAAAACUGCAGCAGGAAUUUGCUCCCAUUCAAAGCUAAAUACAAGUUAGUUAAUCAUAUACGUGUGCAUACCGGCGAAAAACCUUUUCCAUGUCCUUUUCCGGGAUGCGGGAAGUUAUUCGCCCGGUCUGAAAAUUUGAAGAUUCAUAAGAGGACGCACACAGGUAAGAGAGCAGGAGAAAAGCCAUUCCCCUGUGAGUAUCCUAGUUGCGACCGACGUUUCGCAAAUUCCUCCGACAGAAAGAAACAUAUGCACGUGCAUUCAACUGAAAAGCCGUACAACUGUCGCACGAAAAAUUGCGUCAAAACAUUUAACCAAUCAAAUCCGUUAAGAAAAAAUAUUAAAAAUAUAAAUGAACUUCCACAAUGCGACGGAGCAUGCGCCGGCCCAUGUAACUCUACACACGAACCCGAUCCAAGGGUGUUCAGUCCGCCGUUGACACCGGAGAAAAGCAUACCGGACGACAAUUCAGAACUAACUCAAAAUUACAAUGACAUGAUAUCACUUCAAAACAACACGACACUUGACAAAAAUACCGUCUCAAAUGUUAUUAUUAAACAAGAAUUUGAGGAACUAAGUAACGAUAUACGACAACAACUGACGUCAAUAAAUGACGUUAAUUCACAUCAUUUAACGACGGGCAGUAAAAUCGACGACAAUUUAGUUCCGUCGGCACCUUGGUACGCAUGUGACGGACAUAUUUAAAAUUUAUCGCGCACGCGUUUUAGAGUUUUAUCCUGCAAGGUCGUCCAUAAAAAUGUCACAAACAAAGUAUAAUUCUACCUUGACAGCGUCAAAUUUUAUAACUAGACAUUAUUUUACAUUCAAUUGCCUUCUAACUUAUUUAAAACUUUAUAUUCUUUGUGUAUAUACGUUUCAAAUUUUAACAGAAUUUUUUUUAAUACUUUUUUGUAUUUUUUAUUUAAACUCUAAUAUUUACGGUACUCAAUUUUAAAG